CACGAUUACAAUUUCGGAUCUUCUCUGGGGCUUCUUUCCCUCCUUCUGCAGCCGGCUUAGAGACGCUCGGUCCAACCAACCCCGCCAAGCCUAGACCCACCCUGGCGUUUUUCUCGCCAAAUCGAUGCACGCUGUUCGGUUCCUGCGGCUACGUGACGCUGGUCGGUACCGUACGGUGGUAAGAUUGCUAGGUAAGGCAGAGGGACGAACAUCCAAGGAAGAAAGAGCCAUGCCAAAGGAUGGCGUAGAAUCGUGGAUCGCAUUGUCCGUCCAGCUGCGGGAUGACCGUUUUCCUUUGAGGUCCUGGACCUAUUUCCAUCAGGCGUCACCGGGUUCUGUUACAAGCCGGUUUCAUCCACGGGGCAAGGCAGCGCCGAAGAGACAAAAGCAAAAGACUAUGAGGCAUUUUGGAGUCCAAACCCAUCCCAGACCUGCUGCUGCCAAAGCUAUCUACGGAGUAACUACACACUAUUUCUUGGAGAGGACCGAAAAGUUGUUAGUGGUGGUGGUGGAAUGAUGGGGAACUCGCAAGUAAGGGGCUCUCCAUCUCUUCUAGAACAUGUACCACGAAGGGAAUAUUAUUUUAUCUGAUCGGAAUGUGAUACAAAUCUCGAGGGAGAGUUCCAGACAGCGAAUAACG